AUGUGCCAUGAAGGUGUCAUGGUGAGGUGGCUCUUCGUCGUGAUUCUUUUGCAGACAGCAGCCAGCGAUGUGGCGUUGCGGCCCAUGCAAGAUGCCAAGAUGUCCGCACCACGCGACACCAUGCACCUGCCGCCAACCGAAGUACGGCGCAUGUCUGAGGCAGAAGAGGACGCUAAUAGUUCCAACUACAGCCUCACGUCCAGCUCAACAGCUACCACCACAACCUCUUUGUUCUACUUAGCGGCGGAAGUGUCAGGAUAUGUCAGGUUUGCAGCAAGAGAUGUGAACAGGGAAGGCGCUUUAGCCGCCUGUGAAGCAGCUUUAUCGGAGACACUUGGAAUUGCAGCAUGGCAACUGAACACAACAGCAGAGCUUAUCGAAGACGCGACGUGGCACGUGUCCUACAGCUUUGUGGUGGAUGGAGACGCCUUAGUCGGUAUGCUCCAGGCUGCAAGAGCUACAGCUGCCGACACCUCAGAGUUCACAGAGAGAUUGCGGCAGAUGCUGGUGCACAGUGAGUCCUUUGUGGCAGGCUCACUGCAAAUGGUGGUGUUCGCAGAUCCUCAUGUGGAAGAGGUGGAUGUUUUCGUUCUGAACAGUACCUCAACCACAAAGACAUCAGUGACUCACACGUCCACCACCACUACUCAGACGCGCCUGGUCAAUCUUGUGCUGGAGAGUGCUGUGAUCCAAGAUCCUUUCCUUUCAGUGAAGAUGCAUUUCAACCGGCAGGCUCGAUUUGUUGGGCAGUCAGAUGCAAGCGGAUGUUAUGCAGGUGGGUUUCCGAUCAAGACCUGGCAAUCAUUUGGGCAUUCUCCCAGAUGCCACUGGGUUGAUCCUGAAACCUUGGAGAUAUUCUUUGGACGAGCUGCAACCUUGGCACCUGGGGAGAUGUUGUAUACUGCCCUUGGUGGCUUCGAGCCAUCCGGAAAUGUAGUAUGGUCGACAGUACCUUCACUGAGCACCCAGGUGGUGGCUGAAGGCGCGGUUGAGGUGUCGCCAGCCUUGUUCUACCCAAGAACUGCCCUUAGUUGCAGCAGAGUCACCAUCUCUGCGGAAGGCUCAGUCGGGGGAGUGCACCGGCCACUGGAGGUCACCUGGUUUAUCAACCCACCAACCUUUGAUGCAGUGAGAGAGGCACUGCAGGGCGCAGUGGAUGCUGCAAAUGCGGAGAGGAGCCGAGUUUUGCAGUUUUCACCCAUAGUUUGGUCCAAUGCCAUUCAGAUUCUGCGAGUGAUUUUUGGCGAAAUCUCCUACUUCAAAAUCCCGGUGCACGUCAACAUUACAGCUCAAGUUUCAAACUGGCUGCAUGCUGCGACGAACAUCUCUGGAACAGUGACUUUGUCCAAGCAGCAAGAGUCUAUGCCAGAGUUGCUACCACUUGCGACCGAGCUUCAGGUAUCACCGCAUGAGGAGGUCAACUUUGAGGUAACCACCCGACCGACCAAUAUGACUGGCUGUGUGGGCACCGUGGCGGCGAAUGUGGAGACAGAUGUGCAAAUUGAGUGGGAAUACCGCCCUUCUGGAUUUGGUGUGAACCUUCCUUGGUUGAAGUUGAGUGGCCUGAGAAAUCUCACCGACAACUCCAAGGCACCGAACAUGAUCAGUUUUGCCUCGAACAGCUUUGCACCCAACACACAUCAUCAGUUCCGAGCACUUGCAUCUUACAAGAUCGAUGUCCCACCGGUGCAACGCCCCAACGUCACCUUUAACCUGACCAUCCGCCCUUCCGAGUCGCCAGCAGCAAUCAUUGCAGGGCCCUCUGAGGUCGGCGUCAACUGCUCUUUCACCUUGAACGCGUCGCAGUCAAUGGAUGUCUCUAUGAACAAUCCCCUGUCUGACCUGAUCUUUCUGUGGACCUGCGAUGCGAGCAUGGCUUGCGACCUGUUCAACUUUGCGGCGGAGAAUCAGCAUAGCACUGAUGGCACUGGGGCCAGUGGUAAGGUGAUGCAUGUUAUGGGCGGGCAGCUUGAAGAGGGCGACUAUGUCUUCAGAGUCGCAGUGCGACGGCGGACAGAGCCAAUUGCAAGUGCUGGCAAUGCGUCUAUCAAUGUCCGAGUGACAGCAGGCCUUCAGCCAGCAAUCACAUUGCUGGUUCCGUGGGCAGCGGGGGGCAGAGUGUCUCUGCAAGCGUCUGAUCUUCUCGUCCACGCUGUCGUCGAGCAUCACCACGUGUGUACUUGGCCAGAGGAGUGGAUUGCAAGAUUUGCACUAGUGGAGCACUCUCUUCCCCACAAGAUACUCACGUUCCUGCAGCUUGACACAGAGUCUACUACAACUACAUCAAGCACCUCCACAACCUCAACAAGCUCCACAACAUCUACAACGUCAACGCUGACCUUCACCAGCACAAGCACAACCACUUGGGAUGACUCCUACAAUCAAUCAGACUUUGAUGAUGAUGGAUGGCUCAACAAGUCAUAUGAAUCAAACGAAACCGACAUCAUGGACUUCAAUAUGACAGGCCAUUUUCCGGGAAUGAGGACACAGACAACAACGACUACGACCACUUUGCCUGAUAGUGAAGUUAUAUUUGCAACUCGGGAUUUCCACGGCAAUCUUCUUCUUGCUGGUGUGAUGUACUCCUAUGCCAUUCUGCUGGGAGAUGCUGCUGAGUUGCUGGCCUGGGAAGACAAUGCUACACAUUUGGGCGACAUCCUGGCUAGCUCUCUGGCACUAGUCGCCGUAUCAGAGCCCUUUCAUGCCGAUGCGCCACCAGCACAUGGCCUUGUUCUGCUGGAGCCGGUGAUGGGGGAGGCAGCUUCAACCAUUUUCACCAUCAGCACGACUGACUGGCAGGAUGAGAGGGAAUCUGCGAUGCAGUAUGCCUUCUAUUCCUUCCCUGUGUCUGGAUCUCUGACCAGCGACUUCGAAGAUCCAAUCAAGCGGAGGGGCCUUGAGCUGGGCUAUGUGGAAUGGGAUGAUUCGUCGCAUCCGCAAUUCUGGCGAGCUCGGGGAGGUGUGGAGCUACGCACAUUCUCCUCCGCCAAGUCUAUGGAGGUCAUGCUGGGUGCUGGCGUGUUCUUUGUGCUGGCGCGCGCCAGGGACGACCUGCAGGCCUAUGCCGAGUCCUUUCUUGCCGGGCCAAUGGUGUCUGCACCCGACUCCUUCGACAAGGAUGCAGCAAUGGCCUUUUUGGACGUGGCGCGUAGCAGCAAUGAAGCUAGCAGGAUGAUCAAUGCGGUUGAGGCGAUUGCUUCGCUCGCGGAGCUUGUGCCGUCUUCCGAAAAGACUGCCAUGGUGCUGGAGGCCUUGGCUUUUCUGGAGGGGGCAACAAGGUUAGAUAGUACAGCCAGCAUGGUGAGAAUGUGUGCUGGAUCAGCGGCAAGACUGAUUCGCGGAACAGCCGAUGCUGCUGUGCUGCGAAGUGCAACGCUGGCAAUCGCCAGUUCAUUGGACAACGCUCUCACCAUUGAUGUUCCAGCUAGCAGAGUUGUGCUUGAGAGCAUCCUGGAGAUCACCACUGCAAAUGCCCAGAAUCAAGGUGGGGCGGCAGCCGCGGUGUCCUCAGAGGUACAAACUGCUGGCUUGAAGCUGGGAGGAUCAUUUCUGGCUGCUCUCCUUCCAGGAGAGACCCAGACUCUCACCUGGCUAGAUGCAGGUCGGGGCACUGAAUUGAGGUUGGGCAAGCUCGGGCUCGUUGCUGGGCGAAGACUUGCAGCCGCAUUCACCUGUGAGUCCCAGGAGACGGACCUGGUGCACUUGGUACAGCCAAGUCUGCUAUCCUUGGAUGAGACUACAGCUACUGGUGACCCUGAUUCCGCACUCGCGAUGGACUUGCAGGAUACAUGGUGGCACUCGACCAAUUUGUAUGCCUGGGCGGAUCCCAACGCAGGGGUGAAUUCAUUUGUACCUCAAGAUGCCAGUGUUCGAAGUUUCCAGGUGACUCUUUGCGGGACUGUGGUGACAUUCAGCAGUAUGCUUGAGCCUCUGAAUAUUUCUUUGGUGCUGCCUCCUCUUGGAACCCCCCCGCUUGGAUAUUUCUUUGUGCCGGCCUGCGCCAAAUGGGAUGAAGGUUCCAACUCCUGGAGGUCUGAGGGCUUGACGGUGAUGCAUCAAUCUGGGCUGACCCUUCUUUGCCAAUCCUUAGCAGGCGCCGGAUCCUAUGUUGCAUUCUAUGCGCAUGAGGCACUCCCAACAACCACCACGACCAGUUCCACUCUCACCUUGACCAGUCUCACCACAACAUCUCUGACACAAACCACAAGCACCGCUACUGGGCCCUCAACUUCAACUGCCACCACUUUCACGGUGACAACAACGACCGUCCUGUGGGGCAUGAUGACAACAUCCCACGACGGCGUGGCACCGCACUGCAGUCAGACGCUCCUGCCGGACUUGCCACCUGGCGCGGCGGCCUUCAGCUGCUACGGGCCCCGGCGUGUUGGGCAGGAGUGCCGGGCCAAAUGUGACCCCAUGUCCACCUUGAGCAUUGAGGCAGCUGUCACUUGCGGGUCUGACCUGAACUGGGCGGUGUCGGUGCUUUGUCCAGCACCAACAGAGAGCUGGUGA